AUGUCAGUGGGCAACAAACCUGUACGAUCUGGGACAACAUGGCGACUUGCUGCUGACGUCCACCACUUCUACAAACCAGGUACAUUUACUGAAGCACUACUAAUGGAAAAUCCAGGCUGUCAUAUUCCUAUUCAGCAACACCACGGUCAUCAUCAUCAACAGUCACAGCAGCAGCAUUUUAACCAAAAGGCCCAAACUUUAGUUCUGGAUGGUGACAUCUUUCAGCGCUGGAGUCAGAUAGGCACAUCACAAGGUUUUACAACAGAUACAGAUAUUGCAAGAUUUCUUAUCCAGCACUAUGAGAGUACAUGGGACAGGUUCUUCUACAUUUGUCACUCCACCCUCUGUGGACCCAUUGUUAUAAAACGAGGCAGCAGCAAAACAACAAAGAAGUCAAAUUCAAAGAAAGGAAAACUGGCUGCUACAAGUGAAUCCAACCUGCAGGAAAAUGAUGAAGACCUUGCAGGCCUGUGCAUAAAGUUUGAACAGCCUUCAUCUUAUGCUGACCAUAUUGUGUUUCCUUGCCCAGAUGCUAAACGCUCUGAAAUCAAAUCUUACUUAUGCACGAGGUGUGGCAAAACAUUCUUCAAAUCCAGUGAUUUAAAGAAGCAUGUACGUAUUCACACUCAUGAAAAGCCAUACAAAUGUGACCGCUGUCCUUCAGCUUUCUCAGAUCCUUCGAGCUAUUCAAGGCACAAGAGAGUUCACACAGGUGAAAAACCAUUUGUGUGUCAAGAGUGCAACACAGGAUUUGCCCAGUCUAGUGAUCUCACCAAGCACAUUCGCAUUCACACUCGUGAAAGGCCACUGCAGUGUCAGUUUUGUAGUGACUGCUUCUCUGAUCCUUCCAGCUUUGCCAGACAUAGGCGAAAACAUCUGCCAACAUAAAAACAGAGAAAUAUGAAGGUAUUAUAUUUGUCAUCACUUUUUAUUUGUUGACAGUCAUAACUUGAAACCCAUUUGUUUUUCUUGUUGAAAAUAGAAAAAUAACUGAUCUAAACACAGUAAUGUUGUUAGCUGUUAGCUUGUUACAAAAGUGCAACUUAACUUUUUUAAAAUUGUUUUUUAGAAGAGCAUGCAAUGAGGUGAUAUCACUCUCUCUCUCGAUAUAUAUAUAUGUAAAUCAAAACUUUAACAGAAAAGUAAAUUGACAGGAAAUUCUGAGGUUUCUUGUUAAACAUCAUGCUUGUCACUUUUUUUUUAGUCAGUUGUUUUAUAGUUGUCCUGUCAUUAUUGACUUGCACCAUAGUUUUCAGAGCUUACAUAUGUAUGCUGAUUACUGAAAUAUUUUUUUCAUUUAAAAGAAAAAGGAUAUACCUUUUGUAUGUCAUCUGUUUCUGGUUCAUUGACAGUAAAGGCAUUUCUUGAAGGAA